AUGAUCUUCUGCCUGGUCCAUAUUAUUGGCCUCAUCUUCGGGACCAUUGGUAUGAUCCUCACCUGGAUCGUCACCAUCAUGCCUUACUGGAGGUUGGUUGUAUUGGCUGAGAACAACGGUCUAGUCAUUGAAGGUGGCCGCAUUGACGGGGAGUGGAUCAGCCGCUGGGAUGGUCUGUGGCUCACAUGUCUGAAGCAGCUUCGGCUAAAUAUGGAGUGUAACGACUACGGCUCCAUGGUGUCCCUCACCGCUGACCUGAAGGCUGCCAGAAUCUUAAUGAGCUUCGCUGUCGCCCUGUCCGUCAUCGCCUUCAUAUUCUCUUUGAUUGGCUUCAUUGUCAGCCAGUGCUGCCGAUGUUGUGACGACAGAGAUAGUGAAAACCACUGCCUCACCCUGACUGCCGGACUCAUGUACUUCCUCAGCGCCAUCCUCGUCAUCAUCCCUGUCGUCUGGACCACGGUCAACAUUUCUCGUCGUGCCUAUGACGCCGCAUUCACCAAGGGGGCUGUGCGCAUCGAGAUAGGACAGGCACUGCUGCUGGCGUGGCCCAAUAUCGCCUUCCUCCUCAUAGGGGGGACAAUACUGACCUUCCUCUGCUGCUUCUGCUCCAUCAGCACGUGCUGUACCAGGGAGCCCUGCAAACAGGCCGUGUACAAGGAGCACCCGGUGAAAGAGGAGCGAUCGAACUGCAGCCCCCGCAUGGAGUAUCUAUGA